AUGAAAAAGCAGAGCACCAUGAUAUGGAAGAUAAAGCCACUCCUUGUGGAUCCAAAUAUAGCUAUAAUUAAGAAAUUGGAAUGGAGAAGAUUACCCUGUUAUUGUUGUGCUAAGGGUUGCAAGAACAACAUUGAAUACCCACGGUUGAAGCCACUGAAGGAUUUUAGAACACUACAGACCUAUCUCAGUGAGGUGGAGAAGCUGACGAAGGGUUUGGUGGAUUCGUUCUACGGCACGGAUCGAGGGCUGAGUGCGUCCAGUGAAACGAGGGCGGAGAUUGUUGAGCUCAUUAACCAGCUUGAGGCCUUGAACCCGACUCCCGCUCCAUCCGAGGCGUUGACCCCUCUCAAUGGCAAAUGGAUUCUUGCGUACACUUCGUUCUCAGGGUUGUUCCCAUUGUUCUCGAGGGGAACGCAACCAUGGGUGGCGGUGGAGGAAAUAUCCCAAACCAUUGAUUCAGAGAACUUCACUAUUCAGAACUCUGUCAAGUUCAGCGGGCCCUUGGCCACCACUUCCUUCAUCACCAAUGCCAAAUUUGAAAUCCGAAGCCCCAAGCGUGUUCAGAUCAAGUUUGAAGAAGGGAUCAUAGGGACAUCCCAAUUAACAGAUUCCAUAGAGAUACCAGAAAACGUGGAUGUUUUGGGACAGAAGAUAGAACUUUCCCCCUUCAAAGGUCUGAUCACCUCAAUUCAAGACACUGCUUCCUCUGUGGCAAGGACAAUUUCCAGCCAAUCACCCUUUAAGAUACCCAUCACCAACACAAAUGCCCUGUCAUGGUUGCUCACCACAUACCUUGAUGAUGAACUACGUAUCUCUAGGGGUGAUGGUGGGAGUGUGUUUGUGCUCAUCAAGGAAGGAAGCUACCUAUUGUCCUCCUAAAUAGAAAUCAAAUUAUAUAGUUGUUCCUAAGUGUCUCUACGCCCUUGUGAAUGUGCUUAUAGUAUGGUGUAAUAUAGUGGUAAUGUGAAUAAUGGGUGUUA